AUGCAUCUGUACGUGGUUCCACGUAAUGAGCACCCGCUGUCGUUUCGGCCGGGCCGCGCCAGCCCGCCCCCGGACACCAACGGCGGCCGCUUCAACCCCAACUUCCGGCGUGACCUGCCGCGCUCCAGCGACCUGCGGCUGGUCGACCCGGGCACGGGUCAGGUCACGGAGCAGCUGGCCAGCCCGCAGCACGACGAGGCGCCCAGCAUGAGCCUCGUGCAGGCCGGCGAGGAUGAGUCGGAGCCACCGCCCGGCGAGCGGCCCAACCGGCUGCACCGGCGCGACACGCCCCAUCACCUCAGAACAAGCGUAUCAGCGACAAGGCUGCGCUCGGAGCGGCCUGACCAGCCGGACAGCGAGCCGACCGUGCGGGUCGUGCAGGAGCCACACGACAUCACCGUCCAGCGCGCCGCCUCCGGCCUCGGCCUGAGCAUCGCCGGCGGCAAGGGCUCGACGCCGUUCCGCGGCGACGACGAGGACGUGUUCAUCUCCAAGGUGCUGGACGGCGGGCCGGCCGACCUGGCCGGGCUGAGGGUGGGUGACAAGCUGACGUCGGUGAACGGCGUGCCGGUGCUGGGCGCCGACCACUACGAGGUGGUGGGCAUCCUGAAGGCGGCCGGUGACGCGCUGCACCUGUCCGUGGUGCGUGAGGUGACGCGGCUAGUGCCGCCGCCGCCGCCGCCGGCCGCGCCCAACGGUGGCCCGGCCGUGCUGCCCGCCGACGCCGUCCAGCCGCAGCCGCAGCCGCAGCAACAACAUGCGGCGACGGUGAACGGCGAGACGGCCGGAGACGAGGUGGGAGACGGCCGCGCCGUCUCGGAGACGGGCGAACCGCUGGUGCCCCGGCUGGACACCAUCCACACCACGCUCAUCCGCGACAACAACGGGCUCGGCUUCAGUAUCGCCGGCGGCAAGGGUGUGGCGCCCUACCAGGACGGCACCGACGCGGUGUACGUGUCGCGGAUGACAGAGGGCGGCGCCGCAGAGCGCGACGGAAAACUGCGCGUGGGCGACCGCGUCAUCUCGAUCAACGGCGUGGACGUGGAGGGGGCGCGCCACGACCAGGCCGUCUCCAUGCUGACCGGGCUGGAGCGGUUCGUGCGGCUGAUCGUGCUGCGCGAGACGCUGGUGCCGGCCUCGGAGGCGGCCGCCUCGCCCGAGCCGCGGCCCGCCUCGCGCUCCUACGGCGCCUACAGCCCGGCCAGCUACAUGGCGCACAGGCCCAUGUACGGCGGCUACCGGCGGCCCGAGUUCGGCACGCGUGCCAGCCUGCGCUCCUCCGAGCGGCUGUCGGCGGACGUGGUGCUGAACAAGGCCGGCGGCCCGCUGGGCCUCAGCAUCAUCGGCGGCUCCGACCACAGCUGCCUGCCGUUCGGCCGCGACCAGCCCGGCACGUUCGUCUCCAAGAUAAUGCCGGGCGGUGCGGCCCAGCGCACCGGCCAGCUGCGGGUCGGCGACCGGCUGCUGGCCGUCAACGGCGCCGACGUGCGCUGCGCCUCGCACGAGCAGGUGGUGAUGGCACUGCUGGAGCCUGUCUUGCAGAUGACGCUGCGCGUGCGGCACGACCCGCUGCCGGCCGGCUGGCAGGAGAUGACCCUGCAGCGCGAGGAGGGUGAGAAGCUCGGCAUGAACAUCAAGGGCGGUUUGCACGGCCUCCCCGGCAAUCCGCUGGACAAGCAGGACGAGGGUGUGUUCGUCAGCAAAGUGCACGGCGAUGGGGCCGUACAGCGCGACGGCCGACUCCGGGUCGGCCACCGGCUGGUGGAGGUCAACGGCGUCACCCUGCUAGGGGCGUCACACCAGGAGGCGGUAUCGGCGCUGCGCGCGGCGUCCGGCUCCCUGACGCUCACCGUGUGCCACGGCUACGACCCGGACGAGGUGGAGCGCCAGAUCGCCGACGGCCGGCUGGUGCAGGCCAAGUCGGCCAGUCACUCGGUCAGCAGUCUGGACCGGCCCGAGUCGCCGGCCGAGCACGACCGGCCGCCGCACUGCGCGCCGGCCGACCCCGCCGCGCACGCUGGCACCGCCCCCGCCCCGGCCGCCGCCUGUCACACCGCCGCCGCCACUGGUGUGGGAGCCGCGCCCGCGCCGUCAGAGGUGGCACCAGCGCGGCCCGACCUGCUCUCGCCCGGCCCGCAGACCCGGCCCCCACACACCAGCACGCCUGCCGCUGCGCCCGCCGCCCUGCGCGUCACCGCCGUCGUCGCCACACCAGAGGCUCAGCGUCUGGAGCCGGGGCCGGCGCCGGCCGCCGACACCCCCUCCCCACAGCCGAUGACGUUCUCGGCCAUGAAGCGGUUCUUCGAGACCGAAGUGCGCUCUCAGAAGGAGCCCACGCCCAAGGCCGAGAAGCGGUUUACGUUCUUGAGCUCCGACGAAGUGGAGCGGAUGAGACAGGAGGAAGAGGAGAAGUUCGGCACGAUGACGGCCGAGGAGUUUGAGAGCCACCUCGAGGGCCACCUGGUGGUACCCGACUCGGCCGAGAACAGCGUGCACGUGCUGGCCGAGGAGCUGGGCGCUUCGGAGCAUGACAGCCACCCGGCGCAGGCGCCCGCCACCGCCGACCGGCCGCGCAUGAUGACGGCCAAGGCCGAGCGCCGCCUGCGGGAGAGUGCCGGAAACGCAGCCUCCGCCGACGAGCAACAGAUGUCGCCGGCCGAGUGGCGCGCGCUGCAGGCCGAGAAGCGCGCCGCCUGGCGGCAGGCGCGGCUUAAGUCGCUCGAGCAGGACGCGCUGCAGGCGCAGAUCGUGAUCCGCAAGAUGAGCGAGCUGACAGAGACGCCUGAGGUCGAGCCGCCGGCCGCCGUCGACGGCGACAACAAC